AUUUGUUCCGGUUUAAUAUCCCAUGGGGUUUCUUCAAUUUCAUUGAUUGAAAAAUAGGAUUGGCCAAGGAUAAAGCAUGAAUAAGUAAAAACGGAAGUUUAUCUGUGAUAUAGUGUAACACUAAAGAAGAAUUAAUUACACCUGAUGUUUGAAUAUCUCUCAAACAACCAAGGCAUAAGAUAUCACCUAAAAUGAAAAUUUCAUUCCUCAAACACUGCGUUUAUCGAAGUGGAUUUCUUUUAUGUCACACUAUCCUGAAUAGUAGUUACAUGUUGCUUUGUCGGCGUCCAAUGGGGCAGGCUUAGCUUUAAACAUCCAGGGACUAUUUUUUAAGGCAGUACCACCACACGUUUUUUCUGAAUGUAUUUUUCCAACUGGUGAAAUUUUUGGAUUGAAGUUAGGGUUGAGUUUUAUAGUAGUUAUUUAUCCAGAAAUUAGUUGCACAUUUAAGGCUGCUCACCAUGAUGUGAGAAAUAAAAUGGAUCAACCAGUUGAUUCAAAAUAACAUGAGUUAAUAACACCAAAUGAUUCUAGAAGUUGGUAUGAUAAGCGAAUAGCAUCAAUCAAGUAUCUGUAUCAAUUGAAUACUGCCAAAUUGAUAGAAACACGGCAUGAUACUCCAAAGGUCCAUAGGACUUUUGCAACGACGAACUCUGAGGUUACCGUUUGAAAUAAAAAGGAGGUCCAUAGAGGAAAAAUGGAUGAUAGUUGUUCUGAAUGCAAUGAAGCAAGUACUUGAAAAUUAUUAUUAUUGCGAUUUACGCUUAAGGAAACUAUUAAGGUCUCUGUUAUUUGCUGCAGAAUGAUCAAGCACAUUAUCAAGCAAAUAUGAUCCUGAAAUUUGGAAAGGAAACAAACAGUUUAUUGAGGAUAUGAAACCUACUUUACACAACUUGUAGGAAAUAGAAAACCCUCAGAAACGAUUUAUCUACAUUUUCUCCAUCAUGAUGAAAAGCAGUGUAACUAAUUUCUAUAGAUUCUACAAAAACUAAGUAUUUUUGCGUCCGGAUAUAUGUUUUUACUCCGGGCCUUAGUAAUGUAUGUUUUUGUUUUUCUCGGAUGGUUUAUCUGCCAGACGCCAGAGGGAGGUAUUUAUUCGGUGAUUUUGACUAUGGAGAGGACACAGGGGAUGAAGAAAACGCACUGGACCCACCUGGAAACGAUGAGAUUAAAACUGGACAAUGGUUGGGUGUCUCUGUCAAGUCUCAGAAACCUGGGGGAGUUGCUAUGGUUUGCGCUCAUAGGUAUAUACAAAGUCAAGACUUGAGCAAGAUGCAUUAUGGGCAAGGUCUCUGUUAUCUGCUCAACAAUGCUUUAGAAACAACUGAGGUGCUACAAUUUUGCAAAGGAAGGCCGAUGGAUAAGCUCCACCAACAAUACGGUUUCUGUCAAAUCGGCACAAGUGCUAACUUCGUAGGUAACGAAUUCGCUGUCGUCGGAGCUCCAGGCCCAUAUACCUGGAGAGGAACGAUGUUUGGACAAGUUGUCGUAGGUGACUUUCUCACCAAAGACAAGACUGUUUACCACAGUCCGCUCAACGAUGACGAUGUUAUUGAAAAAUAUAGCUACCUAGGAAUGAGUGUUGGCGGAGGCCACUUCUGGAACAAAAGCGAAUAUAUUUACAUUGCCGGAGCACCGCGAUCAAAAAUGAUCGGUCAAGUGUAUUUUUUCAACAAAAGGCAAAACAGUGACAUAUUCAAUAUCACUCUGAAUAUAACUGGCGAACAAUUUGCAUCCAGUUUUGGAUAUGAGGUGCUGGCUGUAGACGUUAAUAAUGAUGGCUAUGAUGAUCUACUCGUGGGGGCUCCCUUUUACUAUGACGACAAAAAUGGAGGAGCUGUCUAUGUCUACUACAACAUCCGCAAGUGCAAACCAGAUAACUGUACAUGGGAUGACGUUUUAUAUGGCACCCACCAGUCCAGGUUUGGUUUCGCGAUGACAUCACUGGGAGACAUUAACAAGGAUGGAUACAAUGAUGUGGCUAUAGGAGCUCCAUAUGAAGAUGAUCAUGGGACGGUGUAUGUCUUUUUAGGGUCGAGUCAGGGGCUAUCUAAGGAACCUUCACAGGUGAUAAAAUACACGGAUCCAGAGACAAACAUGACAACUUUUGGAUAUUCUCUAAGUGGUGGUAUUGAUAUGGAUAACAACGGCUAUCCGGAUCUUUUGGUCGGAGCUUAUGAUUCAGAGAGGAUACUUUUGCUAAAAACAAGACCGAUUAUCCAUAUUGAGAUCGACAUUGAUGGGAAAGAAAUGAAAAAUAUUAACGCUACAAGAAAAGGGUGUCCAGCAAGUAGGAACAGUAACUAUACAUGCUUUUCAUUCAGGAGCUGCUUCACCAUAUCCGGGAAACUGAAGAAAAUGGAAAAAUUCAAUGUGACUUACCACAUAUCCGAAGAAAAGAAAUUCGUACCUAGAAUUUGGUUCCCAAAUCCUCGAAACCCUCAUAGUAAAUUAUCUGAAAAAACGAAAAUGGUUCCAGUAAAUAGCAACAAAAAGCAGUAUUGCGAAAAGGAGACUGUCUACAUAAAACCCGGUGUUAGCGAUAUACUGAGCCCAAUAAAGUUCAAAGUAAACUACACCCUGUUUGAUGAUGCGUACCAUUCCCCAAUUCUGAAUAAAACUUCUGUGAAGUUCUUUGAAGCGACAUUCCAGAAAGAGUGCGGAAAUGACGAUAUCUGUGAGAGCUUCUUGGUUUUGAAGGCUGGAACCAAUCUGAAGAAAAAUGAAGAAGGCAUCUACAUGGUGAACACCAUAAGUAGUGAAUUUAUACUAGAAGCCAUAGUUGAAAAUCACCGGGAACCAGCAUACGAGGCUAAAUUAUUUGUAAUAUACCCAAAGGCUAUGAGUUAUAUUGCUAUGCUAACCGAUGAAGAUGAUCCUAAUAAUGUAAAAUGUUCCUCCUAUAACUCAACAUUGGUCAUCUGCGACGUUGGAAACCCAUUCCAAGGCAACAAAACGGCCAAAAUCAAGCUGAGAUUCGAGUUUGUUAAAGACACAAAAGAGCAGUUGCUAGAUCUUAAACUAUUUGUAAAUUCCACCUCAACGGAAAGGUCCAGCAAGACAAAACAAAGAGUGAUGGCUAUUUUGCAGAAAAUUGCCAAGUUUCAGAUUAGAGGAAAAGCUUCUUCAAACUUAUUCUACGGUGGAGAAGUAAUGAAGGAAUCCGAUAUGCAAAAUUUGGAAGAUAUUGGUGCAAGAGUGACGCACAAAUACCAGAUUGAUAAUAAUGGCCAAUGGGAUUUGCCCGAUGUGAAGGUGACCAUUAUGUGGCCCAUGAGGGUAAGUCCAGGACCGGAUUCCAUAGACCAAACAGGAAAGUGGUUAUUGUACCUGGAGAGUCUACCUAGAGUGUCAGGUAUAGGCAUAACAGGAUAUUGUGUGGUGCCAGAUGGGAAAGUUAAUGAGUUAAAUCUCAAUUCAACGAGGCCAAUGCAGGAGGAACCUGAAAACCUGAUGAUGUCUGACGAAUUCUCAAGGUCAAGCGAAAAUCCCAUACGAUUGCGACGAAGGAGAGCAGCAGACUAUGUGGUUCCAUCUAGAACUAUAACUAAGGGAGGGAAGAAACGGAAAGUUGUGUCUAUGGAUUGUAUGCAAGAACAUUCUGCAAAAUGCGUCACUAUUAUGUGUACAAUUAAAAAGCUAAGUAGAGGGAAUCAAGCUGAGAUAGACAUCAAAUCUAGGAUAUGGAACUCGACUUUAGUCGAGGAUUACAGGAAUGUGGACUGGGUUCUCAUCAGAUCUCAUGCCUACGUCGAAUUGGGCGAUAGAACCUUCAAAGUUAGCAGUGAAUCAAUACCAGUUAUAUCGGCGGAAACUAUUGCGUAUCCAGAGAUCGUGCUGGCAGAUUCGGGUCUGAACUGGUGGAUUAUAGCAGGAGCAGUCCUGGCGGGACUCCUGCUGCUUGUCCUGCUUAUCAUAUUCCUGUAUAAAUGCGGGUUCUUCAAGAGGAAACGAGUAUCGGACGAUCAUCCAAUGCUGUCCGGAAAUCUGCAGAAAAAGGGAGAAGCUGAAAAUUUACUUAAUAAAGAGAAAUAAUGAACUGUGACAUGAUGGUUGCUUAUAGAAAAAGAAGUGCUUUUAUAUUAUAACAGAAAUGUGAUAGUUAUUUUUUAAUUUAUUUUUUAUUUUUGUUGGGUGUGAAUGGGUACCACGAUGACAAGGACAACUUGAACAAAAAUCAUGUCACGAUAUUUACUCCAUAGGUAAGAUACAAACAUUUUGAAAUGAUUGGUAUCGAUUGUUAUACCAGCAAACUUCAUAUCCUGAAAUGAAUCAGUGAAAUACAAAAUAUAACUUCGAUAAAAACUCUUUGUCGGCAAAAAUCGCAGAUGUAGCUUAAUAACUAUAAUUUAGCAAAUCCAAGAAGCUCCAGGACAAAGCUUGCAAGGUAUAUGGACCAAGCCGUAAGAUACAAAAGAAAUUGUGCUUGGUAUGCUUUUAAAUAUAUUACUUAAUCGUAGGUAAAUUUUCAACUCCAAUAAAAUGUUCGCCCAAAUAAAAUUAACUGGUCAAUUGUUCUGUCAUAUAACACUUUUAACUGGAAUAGCUUUUGGAAUGUUUCAUAGCACGGAAACAAUAGUAAAAUUCUUCAACUCAAGAAAUGUUGAUGAAUUCAAACCAAAUCUUCUCAGUGUUUGUUUUUGAAUUCCAAGUGGAAAAUUAAAUGUAAAAAAGACAUAACAUUUAUUUAUUUAAUCAUUGUACAUGAUAUGAUUAACCAGUCUUCUAUAUACACAAUACGUGAAGUCUGUUAUAUUGUUACUAUUUGUACUUAAGGUCUAUUUAUUAUAUGUUUGUUUAGAUUUUUCAAUGCAGCUAUAUUUAUAUUGUAUGCUGAUAUAUUAUUGAUCUCGUUGUAGGCAUAAAACAACGAUGUAAAAACAGUAUGACGAAAAACACAGGACACAAAGACGUGUAUUACUGUAGUACCCAAGAGGCAUUUUUAUCAAUUUCCUUAAAAAACCUUAUUGGAGCUUAAAUAAAUCUAACAUUUCUACACGGUUUCUAACAAUUAGACAUUUUUGGAAGACCUUAUGGAUUUAUUAUUCUACAUAGAAAGUGAUAUUCGAAUUUCUGAUCCCUCUUAAUGCAGCUGUAGCCAACGUCCUCUGUAAACCACUGCGUUUACUGUUUAACACACGAUUUUGUAUUCUGUUAGCGGAUGAAAUGUUAUUACUGAAUAGUUAUAACGUCAUAUUGCAAUUUUAAUGCCAAAUUUUAUUGUACGUUUUUGUAAAUUUUGCAUGCGGCCGGAAUAUGUUAAUAUGUUUUUUAAGGGUAAUUAGGUCUCUAUAUGGAGGUACUGGUUCAAACUGCCAUUUACAAAGUUUGUACAACAUUUUGUAUAUAGAUGUAAAUAUUGUAAAUAUAUUAUAAUAAAUGCUUUUUAUCAGUUA